AUGCUAUUACGUGUAGCAGUCAGCCAUGUUCUAUGUUCGACAGCGGAAACAUCAUCGAGUCUGCUCCUUGCACAUAAACCUUCAAUAAACUUUCUUCAAUUCCGCGGACGACGUCGGACACUAACUCCUGCACCUUGGCUACCACCGGUUACUGAGUCAAGUCAUGAAGACUUUCUAGAUGAUAGAAACCGAGCACUACUUCGUGAAGUUGUUGCUGCUGAGAAGAACUUUGCUAUCAAUUCAACAGCUGCAAGUUCACUGCAAUGUGAAGCUAAGAUAACUGAGAUAGAACCGCCCAUUAGAAGAGUUGGGUUACUAGCGCGAAAGAUAGGAAUGUUGCCACAAUGGACAACUGAUGGUGAUCGAAUCUUAUGCACACUUCUGGAAGUUUGUGAGAAUCAUGUCGUAAGUACCGUUUCUCCUGUUGAUUGGUAUCGUAGAAGUAUCGUAGGAAAACGGAAAUCUUUCAAUAGAGAAGGACCAUUGUGGAAGGUUACUGUUGGAGCGGUUAAUGUUGACUCAAACAGCUUCACUCGAGCUUACCGUGGUCAAUUUUCGCGUGCUUGCGUUCCUGUAAAGAAGCAUCUUGGAUCUUUCUUGGUUUCUGAAGAAGUGCUCCCUACCGUCGGAACAAGUUUAGAUGUACGACACUUCACUGUUGGGCAGUACGUCACAGCCUCAGGAAAGUCAAUCGACUGGGGAUUUCAAGGUGGUAUGCAUCGAUGGGGAAUGAGAGGCCAACCAGCUCUGAACACAACUAAAUCACAUCGUCGCAUUGGAUCUAUAGGAUCAACUGGUGAUGCUCGAGUAUGGCCGGGUAAACGAAUGCCCGGGCAUAUGGGCUAUGAGUGGGUAACUGUGAGCGGGCUAGAGGUUGUUCGUAUGAACAUUGACAGGCAGGUUAUUUACGUUAAGGGAAGUGUUCCUGGAGAUAUUGGAAAUAUAUUGCUGUUGAAAGAUUGUUUACAACCAGAGAAAAAGCUUAAGAUGGGUCCUGUCCCAACAUGGCUGCCUUCUUUAGACGCAGGUAUGGAAAAUUGCGAGGGUGAAGGUAUUGAAGAGAAAUUGUUACGAGAUAGAGAAAUAUUUUCUUCGAAGCUGUUCAAUUUUUCAUCACCAACGAUAAUGUUUUCCGACGAUGAUGCUAGGAAAGCUCUUGGAAGAGACAAGACUAAGGCUAAGAUUGCAAAGGUCAAAAAAUAA